CCUUGGUUUGUUUUGUGCUGUAAUUUGGUAAGGAGGAGCGUCCUCCCAAUUAGCCUUGUUAUUAUUCUCUCUAUGCUUGGUGACUCCACUACUUCCGUCUUGGGCGGUGGCGCCGCCGUACCGGAGACGAAUCAUUGCCAUGAUGAGGUAAUCGGAGACAUGGGUGACGGCGGGGGUGUAGCGGCGGCGGAGGAGAUUAAUAACAAUUCUGGUGAAGAGGAGAGACGGAGAAGCGGAGGAGGAGACGACGGUGACCGGAGCUUCGGCGGAAACCGGUGGCCGAGACAAGAAACCUUAGCNCUCCUGAAAAUUCGCUCCGAUAUGGACGUGGCUUUUCGAGAUGCAAGCGUUAAAGGCCCUUUGUGGGAACAAGUUUCCAGGAAAUUAGGGGAGCUUGGAUAUCAUCGAAGUGCAAAGAAAUGCAAAGAGAAAUUUGAGAAUGUUUACAAAUACCAUAAAAGAACAAGAGAAGUUCGUAGUGGGAAACCAGAUAGCAAAACUUACAAAUUUUUUGAACAAUUAGAAGCUCUUGAGAAUCACCCACCUUUUAAUUUCAAUCCACCGCCGCCGCCGCCGCCGCCGUCAACCACCGUCAUUCCCACUGUUCNAUCCACCACCACCCUACCCCACUUGAUGAACAUAUCCUUCUCUCAACCAAAUCCCACAAUUCACCUCCCAUCUCCUCCUCGUCCCGCUCCGUUCAAUAACCUUACCACCUCAUCCGUCCCCGUUGGGUUUCUUGAAGCGGAUCUCAUCUCGAAUUCGACGUCAGAUGAUGUCGAUGAUUCAUCGACAUCAUCCGAGACACCGAGGAGGAGGACGAAGAAGAGGAAAUGGAAGGAGUUUUUUGAGAAAUUAAUGAAGGAAGUGAUUCAAAAACAAGUGGAAAUGCAAAAGAGAUUCUUGGAAGCUAUUGAGAAAAGGGAACAAGAGAGAAUUGUUAGAGAAGAAGCUUGGAGAAUUCAAGAAAUGGCUAAAAUCAAUAGAGAAAGAGAGAUUUUAGCUCAUGAAAGAUCAAUGGCGGCUGCUAAAGACGCCGCCAUUACUUCCUUCCUCCAAAAAAUAACCGAAUCCCAAAACAACAACAGCAACAACAACAACAAUUUGUCACGAACGCCACCGCCACCGCCUCCACCACAACAACAACCAAUACCCAUGUCAAAUCCGACACCGGUCGUACAACCGCCACCACCACCGCCACCUUCAUCGACAUUGCAAGUAGUUCUUCCACAAAAAAUGGAGAUUAUGAAAAUGGAUCAUAAUGGUGGGGAGAAUUACACUAUGAGUCCAGCUUCAAGCUCAUCAAGAUGGCCAAAAGUGGAAGUAGAAGCAUUGAUCAAAUUAAGAACAAAUCUUGAAGCCAAAUAUCAAGAGAAUGUACCAAAAGGGCCAUUAUGGGAAGAGAUAUCAUCAGCCAUGAAGAAAAUAGGUUACAAUAGAAAUGCAAAGAGAUGCAAAGAGAAAUGGGAAAACAUAAACAAAUACUUCAAGAAAGUGAAGGAAACAAGAAAAACAAGGCCAGAGGAUUCCAAGACAUGCCCUUAUUUUCACCAGCUCGAUGCAUUGUAUAGGGAAAAGGGCGGCGGAAACAACAACAACAACAACAACAGGAAGCUCGAGCUCGAAAACAUCGGUUCUUCGACGAUGAUUCCGUUGAUGGUUCAGCCCGAACAACAAUGGCCACCGCAGCAAGAGAUCACCCGACCAGACUCGGGCAACGAAGAGAUGGAAAGCGAACCGAUGGAUCGCGACGAUAAAGAUGAUGAUGAUGAAGAGGAAGAGGAAGAGGACGAGGGUGGUGGGAACUAUGAGAUUGUGGCUAGCAAACCAACUUCGGUGAGUACUGCUGAGUGAGUGAAGACAAAACAUACUGUGGUUUUAGGAAAACUCGAGUAAGGGUCGAGCCGAGACGGGUUGUCGGGUUUUUGUUGUUCAUACACACACUCACAAUGGGGGGGGGGGNGGGGGGGGG